AUGUCAGACGAUGGUAGCGAMAGUAAUAGUGACCGCGAUCCCGAAACUGGACUGUUACCGCUUUGGCAGGUCGCGCCCGACCUAGCCAGAAUCACCUACUCGCACGAUGCAACGGUCGCGGCAAUCAGGCAAUUCUACAAAUUUUUAGAAUCGAUGUACAUAUCCUCAGACGACAUUGUAUGGCCGCCAGAGAGCGGAUGGCCAGACAUGGACGCCGUUCGUGAGCUCGAAAAAUCAGAUGAAGUCAUCAAUUUACUUCGCCAUAUCCCAUACGUUCGACCUUCCCMUGUCGACCGCGAAGUUCAAGUAGCAUCAGGCUGUGAGYUUGAAGACUGGGCCCUACGAGCCCGCGAUAUCGCCGAGCUCCCUGAUCCUCUCUCUUCAGAACAAAAGGACUCCUUCCUGCGCGUGACACAACACAUUUGGCACCACAUUCCGGCCCAUGUCGUCGGACUUUUAAAAACCCCAGAUUUCCAAAUGCUCCUCGACACUAAGCUCGGGGUUGUUUAUUACACCGGGCCUCAUGCUGGUCCAGGCCCAGUACACGAAGCCUCUACUACGAACCACCUCUUCCCCGUCAUAACGGCUGAAGUAUGGGAUUAUGCUAUAAAGGAAGAAGAAGAAUGGCGUGGUGGUAUAGGCCGUUGUGCAUGGGAAAUUACCGACUUCUUUAGAAUGCUGGAGCAUCACUUUCGGGAAUUCAAUUACGUCCCAUAUGGACUACGGAGAGACUGGGAGGUUCUGGAGGACUUCGACGGAGAGCAGGAAUGUCCAGACUGGGACCCGGGUGUACUCUUCCCACGGAUCCAAGAUGUUUUUCGCGAACACGGAUGGCCCGAUCUAGAGAAAUAUCGCAAGGAGGAGUGCAUUGAGGCUGUGAAGAGUCUUGUGGAGGAGCAUGAGGAGCGAAGGUGA